CAUCGACACAAGCUCAUCUUUUGCAGCCUGUGCACGAACGAGCCUAUCGGUCCUGUGACCGCACUGCGGAGCAUCGGCGGACUCACUCCACAAAACGGGAGUCUGCUAAACCAUGGAACAGUGGGGGGUGCCGAAUGUAGCCUACGUUUACUGCUUGCUGUGUUGCAUCCCGUCCCUUCCGUUGUGGUUUCUGCAGCGAUGACUGAGGAUGCUGCGCUGUCGCCACUAGCAAACGCACCCUGUUUGGUGAUAUCUCGCGGUUGAGGCUGGCUCCUGUUGAACUCCUCACAGUGAAGAGAAAAGGAGAGCGACAGUCUGCCCUCAUGUCUGCUCCUGUUACCCAGAAGGCCUCUUCAGGAUCCCACAGUUUUGACUACUGCAGGUUUAUAGAGCUAGACUGCGUUCCCAUGGAGACAGGCUACAUGGUCUCGAUGCGCCCAAGUCAUGGACACAUGCCUCACCAAUCGCCGGAGAGACAUAGGAGACGGACAGCUCCCCCAUGCAGCAGCAGGGAUCCCUAUGGCAGUGCGUCUAUCUGCAGCAGCACCUCUGGCUCCUGCAAAGGCAGCGAUGGCAGCCCUACAGCCAGGUCAUACCCAACCACACCCAGGCGUAACGUGAAGUACACCUCCUGCGGUGAUAACCACGGGAUCCGGCCGCCCCCCCCGGAGCAGUACCUGACCCCCCUGCAGCAGAAGGAGGUGUGUAUCCGCCACCUGCGCGCCCGGCUCAAGGAGAACAUGGAGAGGCUGCAGGACAGGGACUCUGAGAUUGAGGAGCUGCGCACACAGCUGUCCCGCAUGCAGGAGGACUGGAUCGAGGAGGAGUGCCACCGCGUGGAGGCGCAGCUCGCCCUGAAGGAUGCCCGGAGGGAGAUCCAGCAGCUGAAGCAGGUGGUGGACGUGGUGCGGACCAACCUGGGCGGUAGGGAGGCGGGACUGGGCCUGGCCCAGCAGCACCUGCAGGACGCUGACGCCCAGAGCUGCAGGCUGGACUGCCUGCUGCGCGGGCUGGAGGACCAGCAGGGGGGCGGAGCCCCGCCGGGGCCCGGGGGGUCCCGGUCCUGGGGGGGCUCCCCGGCCCGCUCGCUCACCCGCAGCUCCACCUACACCAAGCUGAGCCACGAGGCGCUGCUGGACCCGGCCGGCACCGGGCUGGAGCCGGGCCUGAGCGGGGAGGAGACCCAGGACAGCGGCUUUGCCUGCGGGGACAGCCGGGCCGACCUGCUGCUGGAGGCGCUGCUGUACGAGGGCCCGCCGUCGCCCUCAUCCCUGGACCCCUACGCGCCCCUGCCCCGCUCCUUCACCUACGAGAAGCUGUGCACCUGCGAGCAGGCGGCGCUGCGGGCGGAGCAGGUGGGCCAGGCCAGCAGCAGCAGCCAGCCCUGCCUCUCCCGCCAGCAGCUGUACCUGCACCACCUGUGCGAGCGCGCCAUCCAGACGGACCACGCCCUGCCGCCGCCCUGCCACGCCCACACCAAAUCCCAGUCCUGCAGCCCGUCCUCCACCUGGAUCUCUGAGGAGGGCGAAGACCUGGACACCGUCACCACAGCGACCGCCGCUAUCGAAGGGGUUGCCCCACCGACCACACCUCCAGACUCCUGCACAGUGGACCUACCCCCUGUGGCUCAGGACCCGCCCCAAACCUGCCAGCCCAAAGGAGGGGGACCCCCCGAGGAGCACUGCAGGGUGACGGUGGCGGAGGCAGCGGAGGAGGAGGAAGGGGUGCAGGAAGGGGCAGGGGCGGGGGCAGAGUCAGGGGCGGAGGGUGGACUGGAGGCUUCGCCCCCGCAGAAGAGCUACUGGAGCCGCCACUUCCUGAUGGACCUGCUGGCGGUGGCAGUGCCGGUGGUGCCGGCCGUGGCCUGGCUGUGCCGUGGGCCAAGGAGGCAGGGCCAGCCCGUGUACAACAUUGGCUCCCUCUUGCGCGGCUGCUGCGCCCUCGCCCUGCACUCCCUGCGCCGUGUGGGCGCGGCCGGGUGUGGCCCCGUCAGUGGGAGGGGCGGGACUGAGAUCUGAGACACCUUCCACCCUAAGGCCAAAACUCUCCUCCCUCCACAUUACACAUGCACAUUUGCAGACAUAUACUGAGCACAUGCACAGACACAUGUACAUAAUCACACCGUGACACACACAUAUGUAUAAAUACACGCACAUACACACACACACACACACAGAGGGAUAACUCCCAUAUGAACUGGCCCCUCUCUCCCAUUCUCUGAACCCUGACCCUUCAGCUUCAGCCCUCAGUGGGACUGACGGACACCUCUAUGGUUGUUGUUUUUCUCACACUGAUUGUAACUCCCUCCGAUCACAUACACGGGAGGAGUCUGUCUGUAACUACCUUCGUUCUGUCAGAGAUAGCUGCCAAAGCGAGCAAAGUGAGAGGGCAUGGCGCCAGAUGAACAUUUUCCUCCACAAUCUCACUGCUGUACAGAGCACACGAAUAGAGAAAGCCAACAGUUCAGUGUCAGGUUUGUGCAAUGGCACAGCUGCCUGUUGUCUGUGACUGAAAGCCAGGGUCAUGUGCUGCCGUAGCUUCUCCCUCACAACACCUCACGUUUACGCGUAUCCCCAUCACAAAGCCCUCCGUGAGCUUAGUAACUCCAGCGUGUGUUUGUUGACUCAGCUUUGGGGGCAAGAUGCAUGUUUCUGGUGCCUAAUGUUAAUGAUCUUUGUGUUUCAUUGAUCAGAAAACUAAAGGGAUGCUCCAAAAGGAGGAUUAUAGGUAUAAUUAUGAUUAUGAGAAUGGUGACGUUUUGAAAGUUUAUGAGUGUUUAUGACAAAGCUUUUGCUGUUGUAGUUUUUUGUAAUAAUUAUUUGAUUGUAGUUAUGGGAACAUUCAUUGUCUGAUUUGUUUUUUAAGUUAAUCAGUUCAACAGCCCUGUUGUUUCUUGAAACAUAAUAUUAAGUUUCUCAUUUCAAAAACUGAUGUCAUUGCAGGAUGUUGAAACAAUCCCAGGAAGUUGUCAGAUGCACAAUGACCCAGUGUUCCUGUUUGCUUGCUUUUUUUGUUUUUGCCAAAAAGGUCCAAUUGGAUUGGACGUUUAUGUGACAACUAAGAUGGUCAUAUAAAAUAUUAUGAACCUAAAUUAAGAAAAGGCUUCUUGAUUUUGUGUAUAUGUUGGUCUUUGAUUGCACUAGAAUUCACUUUACAAAGCAGGGCUACUACUUGAAGUUCAGAUUGAUUUUCAUGUCUGUAGAUUCACACAGAGGCAUAUAUUUUUACUUGUAAUGGUAUUUCAGAAAAAUAUCUAUUUCAGUUCAUAUUUGUGUAAAACCGUAUAAACAGCAAUGCUAAUAGAAUUAGAUUUCUUGUGGCUGUAAUGGUGCAAAUUUAGUCUGUAGUCGGCUAUACAGUACUAUCUGGGUGAAUUGUGGGUAAAUAGCUUAAAAUGUUGUUCACAUUUAACUCUAAAAUGGCUGUUUUUCUGUCACAUUAACCGUUUCCUUGAAUGUCUGCAGGUUGACUUCAGUUUAGAUUUUAUUGUGCUUGGACAAUCUGUUCAGUGAGCCAUGUGUUGUGGAAGUAUGACUAUCAGUGGUGUGCCCUUCCUUGUUUUUGUAAAAGAAAAAAGACAUGGGUGAAUGAUUAACAAUGUAAAAAAGACAAAGGUGGAUUGAGUGGAGUAAAGAAGACAAUAAAUUACUGAAUAAAGAAUACAAAUAAAUACCAUGUAUGGACGAAUUAA